AUGGGAAUCGGCGAAGAUCAAAUCAAACAGUCAUUCUGCCCACUUACCGGAUUUACCGCCGAACACAUCUUCAGUCUAGGCACGAUCCACCUACCCUUCCACGUCGGAGGGAUCACCAGAAUGGCUAAAUUCUUCGUGAUCGAUAGACCAGCGAUAUAUAACACUAUCUUGGGCACACCAUGGCUUCACGAAAUGAAAGCUAUCGUUUCGACCUUCCACCAAUGCGUAAAAUUCCCAACGAGGUCAGGAAUUUACACGCUGAAAGGAAGCCAAAAAACAGCAAGAUCAUGUUUCCUCCAUGAACAUCGACUUCGUGUCGCGGCAGUCUGCACCGCAAAUGAGGAGAUGGACCCACGUCUGCCAUAUCACCAAAGGCCCAAACAGGCCCUCGUCGGCGAAGUUAAUAUACUGACGAAGCACACCCGGAGAGACGUGUUGGCAUCGGUGAUAUACCUCUAUUUUACCUACUUUUUAUGCUAUUUUACUAUGGUUUUCUAA